UAAAAUUAUCUUCGUCAGUACCCAAACUACAUCUCAUCCUCGCAAGAGCACUUUCUGGCUUAAAUAAAGAAUUAUAAUUGUAUUAAUUUUAUUAUAUUAUACUAUAGGUGAAAUUUUCACUUAAUAAAUUACUAAAAUAUUUAAUUUAUUUUUUUAAAUAAUGUUUAAUAAUAUGUUGAAAGUUUUAUUUUGUGUGCUAGUGCUAUUGGAUAGUGGAAAUUAUUUGACUUUUGCACGACUUUGUUUCGACUGCGUCUCAAUUACAUCGUGUCAGUCAGGGCUACAUGUCGCUGCAUUAAUUGCACAGAAUUUACUACCACUUGAAAGCAGACAAACAUUUUUUAAUGCCAUUUGUGGUACCGAUGCAUAUGACCCUAAUAUACCAAAGGUGUGCUGCUCUGACUUCCCUAGAGCAGAUGCACGUUUCAAUUUAAAUGACUUGAUAGGCAUAACCACUGAAAUAGCGUCCAAGGAAGAGAUCGAAGUAGCAACCAAAAUACCGACUGAAGAGUUCGGAAUACAUCGAAAUUUAAGGCUGCUGCCAACGUACGGCGACGGUAACAAUGCGUGCGGCGAAAUCGACGGCAGCCGCAUAUUCGGCGGCAAGGUCUCCAAGCUGUAUGAGUUCCCAUGGAUGACGCUCAUUGCUUUUAGAGAAAGGGAAGGGCAGAGGUUCUCUUGCGGAGGGAGUAUUAUAAACUCUCGAUACAUUUUAACAGCUGCCCAUUGUGUCAUCACUGGUGGUGUAUUGAAGAAUAAUAUCGGUAACGUGCGCAUUGGAGAUUUUGAUUAUAGUACGGCCGUCGACUGCCAAGGAGAUUAUCAAAAUCAGAUUUGCGAGACUAUGUUUCAGGAUGUAGAUAUAGCUGAAGUUAUACCCCAUGAGGAUUUCACUGGACGUGCACCAAUGCAGGCUGAUAUUGCGCUCCUCCGCCUCAACGAACCUAUUAAUUUUCGCAAUAACGUCGCUCCAAUAUGCCUGCCAGUGUACAGCGCGCUCCGUAGCAAUGAUCUCAGCGGCAAGAACGCGACAGUAGCUGGCUGGGGUGCUACGGAAACUGAUAAUAAGUCUACUAAAUUAUUGAAGGUUGACGUCCCGAUCCUGACGGACGAUGUCUGCGGUUCAUAUUAUAGACGGUAUGAUGAAAACAUGAUAAAAAACUCAUUUUGCGCCGGUGAGCUGAUGAAGGACUCCUGCGGAGGUGAUUCUGGAGGCCCCCUAAUGAUGGAAAGUGAAUUCGGUAAAUCAAUACGAUUGGUUCAAUUCGGCAUCGUUUCGUUUGGGCCCACUCAAUGUGGCUCAAAGUUUCCAGGAGUUUAUACUGACGUGAGGAAGUACAUGGACUGGAUAUUAGAUAACAUACGGGAAUAAAUUAUAUCGAAAACGUGAAAACGUGUACGCGAUUAUUUCUUAAUAUUAGUAAAAUGUAUUCGUCAGCUAGAAACUGAUAUUAAAACUACGUGGCCUAGUAAAUAAAAUGAUGUAAAAAUUCUUUAAAUAUUUGUAUACUGUUGUUUGCUUAUAAUAAUUUGUGUAUUUGUAGUCGUUUGUAAUAUGAUUGUUAUAUAAUGUUUUAAUUAUAUUCCAAUUUUGUGAUUUCAACGUUUUAUCGUAUCAAAAUAAAAAUUCA